AUGCUUUGCAGAUGUCCAUUGUGUGAUUAGCAUGGUUGAGUUCCAUGAGAGAAAUGGUCUCCUGUCUCCCUUGCAGGCUGCCCUCCUCCGGGUUGUGCCGCGGUUGCCAGGGCCAGCGGCGUGGGGAAGGCCUCUCUACCGGCUAUGGUGCUGCAGUGGGCAGGAUCCUAGGAGGUGGGUGGGGAGCAAGUCGCCCGCCUCCAAGGAGAAGCCACCAGGCACAGAGACAGAGAAAUUCCAGAUGGUCUACCGAUUUGAUGCCAUCAGAGCCUUCGGGUACUUGUCUCAGCUGAAGGUGGCACAGACGGCCCUGACGGUGGUGGCCCUGCCUCCUGGCCUCUACUGGUACUCCCAGGGCCUCAUGACUUUCAACUCCCUGUGCCUCGUGGGCGGGAUCGCUGGCUUUGCCCUGGCCAUGCUGUGCUGGAUGAGUUAUUUCUUCCGGAGGCUGGUGGGCAUCCUGUACGUGAACGAGUCAGGCACCGUGCUGCGGGUGGCUCACCUGACCUUCUGGGGCUGGCGACAGGACACGUAUUGCCCCGUGGCCGACGUGGUCCCCAUGACGGAAACCAAGGACCGGCCCCAGGAGCUGUUCGUGCGUAUCCAGCAGUACAGCGGGAAGCAGACCUUCUACCUCACCCUGCGCUACGGCCGCGUCCUGGACAGGGAGCGUUUCAUGCAGGUGUUCGGGAUGCUGGACACGCUCAAGUGAACAGCUGGGAGCCGGGCCUCUGGGUCACCCUGGGCCACCUGGAUCUCCCAUGGGAAGGCCGAGGGUGUGGGUGAGGCUGAAGAAGGGGACCGGGCAGCUGGAGACUUUGCCAAGGCCUCUGGGGACUUGUCUUUUGGGAUGCGGAAAAUUCACAGGCAGAAGCUAGUAACUGGGUUUAGGAAAGAGGCCCUUCGUGAGAAUACUUACUGCACUUGU